CCGCACCGGACAGGGACACAAGUGAUCAGCCGAAGGGCCGGUGAUCUGCUCCCAUCAUUUCUGCCUCCACAGUCCUCGCUAUCCGUCCUGCAUGGUGGAUAUUAUUUUCAGCUCUUCUUUCUUGGGUGAUAUGGGGGAUCAUUCCAAAAAGAAGUCAGGAUUCGCAAUGUGUGUGGGAUGCGGCAGUCAGAUCCAUGACCAGUACAUCCUGAGAGUGUCCCCGGACCUGGAGUGGCACGCAGCCUGCCUCAAGUGCGCAGAGUGCAGCCAGUAUCUGGACGAGACCUGCACGUGCUUCGUCCGAGACGGAAAAACCUACUGCAAAAGAGAUUAUGUAAGACUAUUUGGAAUUAAAUGCGCAAAAUGUAACUUGGGCUUCAGCAGCAGUGACUUGGUGAUGAGAGCUCGGGAUAACGUGUACCACAUCGAAUGUUUCCGCUGCUCGGUGUGCAGCAGGCAGCUGCUGCCGGGAGACGAGUUCUCCCUGCGGGACGACGAGCUGCUGUGCCGCGCGGACCACAGCCUGCUGCUGGAGCGCAGCUCCGCAGGAAGCCCCAUCAGCCCGGGACACAUCCACAGCAGCAGACCGCUGCACCUGGCAGCAGACCCGGUGACGGUGCGUCAGGCUCCGCACCGGAACCACGUCCACAAGCAGUCCGAGAAGACGACGCGGGUCCGGACGGUGCUGAACGAGAAGCAGCUCCACACCCUGCGGACCUGCUACAACGCCAACCCGCGGCCCGACGCGCUGAUGAAGGAGCAGCUGGUGGAGAUGACCGGCCUGAGCCCCAGAGUCAUCCGGGUCUGGUUCCAGAACAAACGCUGCAAAGACAAAAAGAAGUCGAUAUUGAUGAAGCAGCUCCAGCAGCAGCAGCACAGUGAUAAGACUGUAAGCAUCUUCAGCCUUCAGGGCCUGACGGGGACGCCCCUCGUGGCCGGGAGUCCGAUCCGGCACGAGAGCACCGUGCAAGGAAACCCGGUGGAGGUUCAGACCUACCAGCCUCCGUGGAAGGCCCUGAGCGAGUUCGCCCUGCAGAGUGACCUGGACCAGCCGGCCUUUCAACAACUGGUCUCUUUUUCUGAGUCGGGCUCUCUCGGGAACUCCUCGGGAAGCGACGUGACUUCUUUGUCCUCUCAGUUACCGGACACCCCCAACAGUAUGGUACCGAGCCCGGUGGAGACGUGAGACGAGGUCCCCCCCUCCCCCCCAACCCAAAGGACAGUAGCAGCAUGAUCCCGGUCCCCUGGUGCCCUGCAUGAGACAAACCAGCUCAUCACAUCGUCCGACGUGCAGAGAGGAGUUUUUGUUGGCUGAUACUAAUGGAAGGAGAUGGAGCGGAGACGUGCGCGCGCGCGCUCACUCCCGCGUGCGUUUUUGGAGCUUUGAUUGACAAAAACAAAUGCUGACGCAUGACUGACAGAGAAGAUGUACAGAAGACCUCCUGUUGGAUAUACAACAAACUUAUAGGAAUCU